UCCCCUCUCCCCCUUAGAGCAGUUCUCUUGGUUUGCCUCUGGAUCAGCGCGCGGCUGCGCUGCAAGGUUGUGUGUUUACUCUGAAAACACCGGAUUAAGCGCCUUUUUAAACACAAGUUUGUACUUUAAGUAUUUUUGCUUUAUUAUUUACAUUUCUUUAAAGUUGUUCUGCGUGAGACAAAACUCUGGAUAAGUUGGAGAAAAGGAUUUUAAAGGACACCUUUGGUUUUUUUUUUGUUCCUCCUGCGUAAAGACUUCAUCAAGAAUCAUCUUCACAGACGGACACACAGACAGACACAGACAGACUGACAGUGUGUGGACCGAAGCCGUGAGACUGUAGUUGGACCGACGAGCCUCCACUGCCAACGCCUUUCUCACCCCCACCCCCCUCUCUGUGUCCGUGGCUGGGAAACUUCACCGAGCCAAACACGUUGGUUUCCCCGCAGCUCAUGAACUGCUGAGACAGACCCACACACACGCCGAGAGAAGACACCGGAGAGCCGCACAGGGAAGAAUGGGCUGCACGAUCAGCGCCGAGGACAAAGCUGCAGUGGAGAGGAGUAAGAUGAUCGACAGAAACCUGCGGGACGACAGGGACAAGUCCUCCAGAGAGGUGAAGCUGCUCCUGCUCGGAGCUGGCGAAUCUGGGAAAAGCACCAUAGUAAAGCAGAUGAAAAUCAUCCAUGAGGAUGGCUACUCAGAGGAAGAGUGCAAGCAGUACAAAGUGGUUGUGUACAGCAACACCAUCCAGUCCAUCAUGGCCAUCAUCAGGGCGAUGGGCCGGUUAAAGAUCGACUUUGGGGAUGCCACGCGGGAGGACGAUGCUCGCCAACUGUUUGCCCUGGCGAGCUCCGCGGAGGAAGGGGUGAUGUCGGCCGAGCUGACCACCGUCAUUCAGAGGCUGUGGAAGGAUGUCGGGGUUCAGGCCUGCUUUGAUCGGUCACGAGAGUAUCAGCUCAACGAUUCUGCUGCAUACUACUUGAACGACUUGGACAGGAUCUGCCAGCCAAACUAUGUCCCGACUCAGCAGGAUGUGUUGCGCACUCGUGUGAAGACUACUGGCAUCGUGGAAACCCACUUCACCUUCAAAGAUCUUUACUUCAAGAUGUUCGAUGUCGGGGGUCAGCGCUCAGAGAGGAAGAAGUGGAUCCACUGCUUUGAGGGAGUAACUUCCAUCAUUUUCUGUGUCGCGCUCAGUGACUACGACCUCGUCUUGGCUGAGGAUGAGGAGAUGAACCGGAUGCAUGAGAGCAUGAAGCUGUUUGACUCCAUCUGCAACAACAAGUGGUUCACGCUCACCUCCAUCAUCCUCUUCCUCAACAAGAAGGACCUGUUUGAGGAGAAGAUCAGCAGGAGUCCGCUCACUAUCUGCUACCCCGAGUUCUCUGGUGGGAGCGCGUAUGAGGAGACAGCAACUUACAUCCAGUGUCAGUUCGAAGACUUGAAUAAAAGAAAGGACACCAAGGAGAUCUACUCCCACUUCACUUGUGCCACGGACACCAAGAACGUGCAGUUUGUGUUUGAUGCCGUCACUGACGUCAUCAUCAAGAUUAACCUGAGGGAGAUCGGGCUCUACUAAAGCGCCAGGCCCUGCAGGUGUUCGGGGGUGGAAUCACCAGGACGUCGUGGCUGGUAUGACUUGUUUGCAGAGAGCGAAUAGGGAAGUAGGUGUUUCUAAGGACUGAGUUUGCGGCCAUGCAGCAUGCAGGACAUGAAUUCCACAAUCUGGGGACUUGCUACUAUCAUCACUUUUGUCUUGAAGUGUUUUAAAAUGCAGAGCUUACUGCGAGGAAGUGGUAAGUGGGGGAGUUUUGUGGAAUUGAACCGCGGAUGGGCUGGCAGGUAAAGCCCCUCUGACGUCUCUUGACACAUUUAUAUUCUGUCUGUCACCUGCACAUGGACCAAAACGGAUUUGAUCAAAUUUAUUACUGCAUCACAUAGCUUCACAGCUGAAAUGUAAAUUCCACUCACUUUUGAUUGUGUACCAUCUUCUCUUCGCUGUAAGUCAGUCGCACCUUGCUUUAUUCAAUUACAGCAUUUUAUUUCAUUUUUAUUUAGAAUUUGUGUGUCAAGAUUUCAUGUAUAUAACGAAUAAUUUUGGGUCUGGGAUCAGUUAUCAUGAGUUUCAUGAACUCAGUAGCAACAAUGCUGUCUGCAACGUUAUUUUCCUUUUUAACUAGACCGCAUUGUAUUUCUCCAUAUUUUUUCUACUUGAGACUCAUCACUGCAAAUCAAUUUGUGAAGGGAGAUCUUUUUUUUUUCUAUAGCAGUUUGAAUAUGACUAAUCUUAUUCACUUGGUCAAUAUAGUAUUUCCUAAAGGUGAUUUUUGUAAUCCUGUGGAUAUAAGCAAAGCCAUAUCAACACAUUUGUUAAAAAGGAUGAGAUAGUGUCACAUGGACAGAGGCUGUAUUGGUGCUUAAUGGCCGUGACUGAGGAGACCUGCUGCUGAUGUGAUCUGAAAUGCUGGAGUAGAUGCUUAAUUCUGUCAGGUCCGUGUGUUCCUGCGCAGAGACGACCUGGUGACCAACUCUCCGCAAGAUUGAGAAUUUCAAUAUUUAUCUCACUUGAAGUUUGUGCAGUUGUAUUGGUUUAUUUUGACAUCAUUAAAUGAUGGCACAGAGUUUUCUCACCUGUUCUUCUGUCAAUUCCAAAAUCGUACCGCAGUCACACCGAUCACACGUUUUCCCCUGUGAAGAUUUACGAAGACCGUGCACACAGAUACAUUUCAGACACAUCUGGAUUCACACCUCAUCAAUAUUCCCCUAAUGUCUUAACCCUGUAUGUAACCUCUGUAAAGGAGUAUGAAACUCCAGCCAAGUUUAUUAAUGAUAUGAGUGAUGACAAAAUAAAUUCAUACAGUAUUCAAUCUA